UGUGAAAUUUAAGUUUUGCUCAUUUUGUUUAGUGUUUUACAACCUCCAGCCACCAGCAUGUGAUGAGUGAUUCCGAUGAAACGGACAUUUUGUUGUUGAUUCCUCCGGAUUUCUUCAACUGUGAGUCUCCCGUUGCGGAGACGCUCCGACGAACCACUGCCAACAACUGUUCGUUCGGAAGUGUGGAUUGUUUGUCGUACGAGUCAUUUGCCCAUCGCAACAGCACACUUUCGAUGGCCGGAAUAGGAAGUUACUCGAUGAACGGUUGUUCGGCUGCCGAACGUACCGAACAAUACGUUGCAUCCACCCCGUUCAAACGACACCCCGGGCACCCGGAGCCGCACAAGGAGCAGCAGUAUAUUCUCCACGAAAUCGAUCAAUACCUUCAGGAGGGCGAUCACAAACAGCCCCAGCAACACCACCCAUUGCACCAUCAACACAACGGCGUGCAUAGUCCCGAUGGAUCGCUGCUCGAUAUCAACGGGUUGUCGAUGCACGAUUACCCUUCGCUCACAGGGAACGACUUCCACGGGCUAGUGAAACCGGCUCCACCAUGUGGGCCAGUUCCACAGAAACCACCACGAAACGUACAGAACGCAGCGUCUACUAAACCGGCCUCUAAAAAUGGAAAUCUCCUCAAUCUAAGCGAUAUUUGGUACACGAAUGGUGCACCAGGGCAACCCGAAUACUCGAAAGCCCUCCAGGAGGAGCGUCUACGGCGGCAGCAUUGCGAACGUAACAUCCAAUCGUUACAGAUGAAAUUGCUCGAGUACGAGGAGAAAAUAUCCGUUGCCCUGUCCGUUGACAAGGAGAAGGUGACCAUCAUCGGCAACCUCGAGCAGGAAACGACUCGGUUGACCAGUCGAAUAAGGGACAUGGAACUAAAGCAUAUCGAAACGCACGAAAAACUGAUGGCGGAAAAUUUGGAGGUGAAAAACAAGAACCUUUUCCUUGAGAAGGAAAUCACGGAAACGUUGAAUCUCGUCCGAAAGUUGGAGGCCAAGAACGAAGCGUUGGAGACGAAAGUGGAAACGCUCGCCAGUGCCAACCGGGACGUGAACGAGGUGCACAAACGCCAGCUGGAGGAUCUUCAAAUACGUCUUGCCAACAGCCGCGACAAUGAACGGCAGCUAAGGGAACAGCUGGGAAAGUUGCGCAAAGCGAACGACCAGCUGGGGGCAGAUUUGGAGAGCGAACGGAAGAAACUCGCCGAUGGUGUGCGCUUGAGGGCGGAUUUUUGUGCACUAAAAACGAAAACUGAUAGCCUAGGGAAACGUUUCACGGAGGUCACACGCGAAAACGAAAGUUUGCGCGAACAAACGAAACACAUGAAGGAACAAAUCCUUGUCCAUCAGGAGGAAUCGAAAAAACUGCUUAAAGAGCUGGAAAUACAACGAGUUUCGCUGAAAAAGUACUAUCAAUCCCAGCUGGAAGAUGUUGUUUCGGAUAAGCUAAAAGAGUUCCAGAAACAGCUCACGACCGUUGAGGCAGAGCUGAAGGAUGAAUCGCAGAAAAAGGAACGAUCACUGACCGAUCGUGCCAAGCGACAGAUCGAACUGAUCGAUCACAAACGCGAGCAGGAGAUACAGCUGCUCACGGAACGGUACAAUGAGCAGGAAUCGCUCUACCGUCUACAGUUGGCCAACUCGGCGAAGCGCAUCCACGAGCUGGAGGAAAAGCUGCACACGAUACAGCAUCGGCGGGCCGAUAUUGCCGAACAGCUGCACCGGAUAAUGGAAAACCAGUGGAAGCAAGCACUGGAUGUGCUCAUGAGCCCCGGGCAGCGCGGACAGGAGAACAACUCCUCCAAACUGUCCGAUCUCGAGGCCAAGUCGAAGCAGUUCAAUCGCUUCGCGCUCAGCCAACUCGACAAAGAUCGUCUCGAUGGUGUGCGAUCACUGAAGACAUCCGUUUUGACCGACGAGUCCGAUUCUUUCCGUACGCCAGUUCCGCAAACGACAGCUGAGCGUCGGUCGACGGACGCCGGCCAUGUCCCCACGUUUCCCAAGGAACUACUUCACAAUUACAUCGAGUUACUGCUGGAAAAAUCACCCAAUGAUCUCAAGCGACUGGAGGAGGUGCUAUCGAGCUGUCGAAAACAGACCACCAGAGAGGGGACAACGCGCGAUGUUGCAGGGACGAUGAGCAAAUCUGCGUCAGCCACCGCACUCAAUCAGCUCGGUGGGAAGCCAUGUUCCGGGAAAACCCCUAGACCGUGGAAAUGAAACACCGUAGAGGCCUUUUAUUAAUUGUAGACUGAUUUCUAUUAGAUAUCAAUUGUAUGUAACUUCAAAUAUACGGAGUUAGACCUGCUAGAGUUGCGCCUUGGGGACGCAUCAUUUUUAUAGGUUGUGUAUGUUUUAGCGAAUCGGAAUUCAUGCAAUAAUAAAAAUGAUUCUAUUUAAUGACCAUCAGCUAGCUUUCUUUACACUACGAAACAAUAGAUUAGGUUUAUGGUCUC